UUACACCUGCUUUAGUCAUCGCCUCUGUGGGCACGUAACAUUUGGACUCGCCGUAUAAGUCAUCGGCCUCGUUGUCACUUUGGGGCAAUUGAUUGGGCAGACCCCAAGGCUAACUCGAGGUAUUUAUAGGCGCCAAUGGGCCAGACCAACCAGCAGUUCAAGCUGGGACAGCAAAAUGUUUGGUUAUCUUUAUCUUGUCGCACUGUGCCUUUCUGCAGCCACCUGCCUGGAGGCGGGAGACGCGACGCAGUUGAGGUUUCCUGGGCCCGCAAAGGGAAGAUCAUUGCCAUUAAUAUUGCAGAGACAGGAGGAUGCGGCGCCAUAUCCACCGGCGGGUUUCGUGCCCGAUCCACCAUUCGAGUUGCCCACGGAGGAGGCGGCCGUAUUUCCUCAGCCUGAUGACACUUAUGGACCACCAGCCGAGGUUUAUGGACCACCAGCUGAGGUCUACGGACCCCCAGAUGAGGUUUAUGGACCCCCAGAUCAGACUUACGGUCCACCAGACCAAGCACCCAACGAUGACAGUGCCAACAGCCAGCCCCAGAGUGCAGCCAUCAUAAAUCUAGCCAGCCUGCCGUUGCCACCUCAGGCACAGUUCGUUCUGCCUUUGCUGAGCCGUUUGGCCGCCUUCCGUCCGCUUCGCCCCGCCCUGCUGACGCCACAACGUCGACCGGCCAAGCUGACAGCACGCCCACAAAGGAAGCCAGCCAAAAUUGUCAAUGGCAUUCAAGGACACGCGGUUUUUCCCUCGACUCAGUUGGCACUGCCCUUUGUAGACCGCCGUACUCCGUUCCGGCCACGACCAGCGCGAUUGAUUGUGAACGCUCCAUUCAGGAGGCCAGCCAGGCAUUAGCACACAUCAUUUACUAUUCUGACUGAGAGCAGAGUGCCCCAAUGAUACAUCUGACAAAUUCUGUAAUUAAUAAAGUCUGUUGUUUAUGUCUAA